GGGCAGGGUUUUAUCACCCCAGUAAUGUAGCCUAUUCCAUUUUUCACUAAGUCUCUCUGCAUAUGAGAGGAAAAUGAGUCUCCCGAGGUUAUGCCAAGACAGCAGUGACCUGGCCAGAACAGCAAAAAAGGCUCUCGAGAAACCCACAGCCUUCAAUGAAAUCUCUCACAAUGAAAUUCUCUGUAAGUGAAUUAUUCCCUUGAAGUCAGGCCCUCACCUGGCCAGAGCUGCUUAGGACGUGGGACAGCAGUUCAUCCACACUUCCCUACCCCAACUCCUGGGAUAAAAUGAGAAUUCUUGUAUUUUAAACACCAGGCUGUUAACAAAGAGGCUUAUUUAUUUAGAGACACUGGGCAGAUAAGGAGCCAGCACAAAACAGAUGAGAGCCCAUUGUUAAAUUUCCAGAAAUUUUAUGAGCCAGUUGUGAAACAGUCAUUAUUAAACAUUUAAUUAUAUAAACUUAUGAUUAAAUACAUUAUGUAAAAAGCAAAAGGUAAUAAAAAGUCCAAACUCAUCACUUCAUAAUUAUUUAACUAUAUUUCACAACUCUCUAUACCCUUGAGGUUAUUUGCAUCUAUAGUAUCUACAUGGUAGAAAUACUAUCACGGUAUCCUAAUACUGUGCAUUUAACUUUUCCUGUUCCUUCUUACAUAAAUUUAGCACAUUAUUAUACUUUUAAUAAGCCUUUUGAAUGUAAUAGCUUCCAAUAUAGAAUUCCUCAGAUUACAUAAAAUGACCUGUUUUUAUCAUUUUUAAUUCUGCCUUACACAAUAUUAGGCAACAGGGGAAAAAAAGAGCCCAAACUGCACUCACACUAUUACAAUAUAGAAAUGCCUAAUGGGUAUGAACAAGGUUUAAAAAGGAAACAUAACAAUCAAAACAGUUAAUGUUCAAGUCAUAAACUGUGAGUUUUUAAAUCAGCAUGUUUGCCAUGUAAAGCAAGUCCAGCCUCCAGGCAUUAUUGAAGAUCUAUAGGUAAAGUGGCAUGUAAACAUUGUAAGUUAUAGUCAUUUUGUAAUUUUGAUUUUGUUACAAUAGGUUUUCUUAGGAAAAAAAAAUCAUGUGCCCACAUAAGAAAUAUACCUUGGGGGUGGAAAAAUCUCACUGGCAUAUUUUGCUAUAUUGCAUUUUGAAGAGACGUUGAAUAAAAAAAAGAAAUCAUGAUGUAGAAAAAAACGUUGCAUACUGGGAACUGACUACCAACUAAUUCAAUGAUAUUGUCUAAGUCACCUAGUUUCCUUCUGUCUCCUCUGCAGUAAAAUGAAAAGAUCUAUGCCGUCCAGUAGAGUAGCCACGAGUCAUACUGAGCUGUUGAAAUGUGGCUACUACAAAUAGACAUGCGUUAUGAGUGUAAAAUCCUCACCAGUAUAAAUAUAUACUUUUUACAAAACACAGAAUGUAAUACAGCUAUCUCAUUAGUAACUUUUAUGUUGAUUACAUAUUGAAAUACUAUCUUUAGUAUACUGGGUUAAACAAAAUUUGUUUAAAAAAAAAAAACAAAAAAAAAAAAACAUACAAACAUGAAAAAAAAUUUUAGAGGGGGUAGAAUUAUUGAGGAAAAGGGGUUUCUUUUUCAAAAUUGUACUAAUGAGAAGUAUUGUAGCAUAGAAAUUAGAAGGAAGCUCUCUCAAGCCAGACUGUUUGGGUGCGCUGGUUCUGCCAUUUCUGAUGACCUAUGGCUGCCAUAGGGAUGAACUUUGGCAAAGACCUUUUAGUGCCUCAGUUUCUUCAUCUGUAAAGUGGGGUAAUAAUCCUUAUUCUAGAGAGUUGUUAUGAGGUUUAAUCAAUAUGUGGAAACUCUUAGCAAUAUUACCAACAGUUCCCGGCACAUAGUAAGUACUCUCUAAGUGCUAGCUGUUUAAACUGUUCUUUUUAUUCAUUUACAAUUUAAUAAAAUCUUUUAAAAAUAACUGCCUAAUCAUCAUUGAUACUCUUGUGCACCUUCUACAUCUCAGAAAAAGCUUAGCAUAUUUGUGCAGUUUUAUUGAAGUUAGAUAAUAAAGUUUACCCAUUUUAAGUGUACAGUCUUAAGAUUUUUGAUAAAUGUAUACACUAGUAUAAUCGCUAUCAAAACCAAGAUAUAGAAUUUCCAUCACCACUCAAAAUUCUUUCAUGCCCCUUUGCAGUUGGCUGCUCCCUACCUCACCCAGCCCCAGACAACCACUGAUCUGCUUUCUGUCCCUGUCAAUUAGUUCUGCCUGUUGUAGAAUUUCAUACAAAUUCAGUCAUACAAUAUGUACUCUUUUAUGUCUGGCUUCUCUGGUCUAACAUAAUUUUGAGAUUCUUCAGUUUGUUGCAUGUAACAAUAGUUGUUCCUUAUUCUUGCUGAGUAGCAUGCCAUUAUAUAGGUAUCCCACAAUAUUUUUUUAUCCCUUUACCCAUUGACGGACACUGGAUUGUUUCCAGCUUCUGCCUAUUAUGAAUAAAGUUGCUAUGCAGAUUUGUAAAAAACUCUUUGCAUGGACAUGUUUUCAUUUUUCUUGGGUAAAUACCUAAAUACAGAAUUGUUGGGUCCUUUGGUGAGUGUACAUGUAAUUUACUGUUGACAAAUUGUCAAACUGUUUUCCAAAGUGGCUGGACCAUUUUGCAUUUCACCACCAAUGCAUCCUUGGCAAUACUUGAUGUCAGUCUGUUUAAUUUUAGCCAUUCAAGUGGAAAUGUAGUGGUACUCAUCAUGGUUUUAAAUUGCAUUUCCCUGGUAACUGAUGAGAGGACAUCACUUUUAAAUGGUAGCCCAUUCCUGGGGAACAGAAGAGAGACAUGGGCCAAAAGAAGUUCUACCAUUUCAAGCUUAAAUAUCCAAGAGAAUGAAAACUACUGUCACUGACAAAGAAGAGUGAAAUUGGGAGUCAGUGAUUAUUUGGCAUAGGGAUUUAUUUUUGAAGUUAUGGCAGGCAUUAAGGGGGAAAUCUGCAUGAGUUACAGGUUUGGAGCUCAUGUGAGAGGUCAGAGUCAGGUAUCAGUAGAGCUGUGAGGUGAAGCAUAAGCAGAGAGAGCCUAGAGAGUGAGCUGAGGGCCAACAAUUGAGUAUUGGGGUUCAGAGGAAGGGCCAGUAUUAAGAGAACAUCAAGGGGUAGUCCCAAGAAUAAUGUCAUCUACUUCUGGACUCAAAGAGUCUCAAGAAAUACCUUCAGAACACAUUUUCCAUAAUCUUAAAUUAGUAAAAUCUGAGGACUGGGAGGUGGGUACAAUUCCUAGGCUGUGAGCUCAUUGACCACAGGACAUCUGUGCUUGGUGAGGGAUCCUACAGCUGCACUGACUGUGGCAAGAGCUUCUGGCAUAGUUACCCUCUGCCAUUCAUCUUUGAAGUCAUGCUGGUGAGAAGCCCUACUCCUGUCCUGACUACAGAAAAUGUUUCAGCCAGAGUUCCAAUCUACUUCAGCACCAUGAGGUUCACCAGGGAGAUAAGCUCUGUAAGUGUGGGGACCUGUGGGAAAGGUUUGCUCAGAGGGCAUCCCUCAAAUAACUCAGAAAGGUCCAUACUUGCCACACACAGGGAGCUCCACCCAGUGCUUUCUCCUGGGGUUGUGCAGAGGCAGAGAGGCCCGGAGGCAGAGCUGAGAACAGAGGGGCUAGACACCCUAUCAUUGUCCCCAGUGUGGCACAACCUUCUGUGCAAGCUCCAGCCUCAUUAAGCACCAGCAAAUCCACUGAGGAGAAGCCAUAUAUCUGUGGGGAGUGUGGCAAGGGCUUUACAGUCAGGUCUCUGCUGAGGGCUCACCAAGGAGUACAUAAUGGGCUGAACUCCUACAUCUAUCCCAGCACAACGAGGCUUUGGGGGAUUAGUGGAAGCGGAUACAACACCCGAGAAUUCACACAGGUGAGUGAGCCCCUUCUGCUGCUCCAAUUGUGGUGACAGCUUUGGUCAGAAGACUGCCCUCAUCCAGCAUGUUUACCUGCAGGCAACAGAGGAGAAGCCUUUUAUGUGUGGGGAGUGUGGGGAGAGUUUCAGCCUCUGA